GCUGCCACUCUCCUCCCCCUAAAUCUCCCGCGAAUAAUAUCUUCCUCCGCAAUCAAGACAAUUUCCGUCACCCAACAUCCCAAAUUUUAAAUUUAAAUUUUAUUAUUUAACGUAAGUUUUCCAUCAGUCUUUUAAACAAAUUAGAUUAAAUUAAUUUAAUGAUUUUUGCAACCGAAAAUUCGGUAGAGAGCUUUUUCGACGAAAAUUCGGAAGAGAGCUCAAGAUAUUGGAGCCACAUUUUGAAGCACUUUAGCCACUGUGUUGUUAUCUGCAAUGGCCAUGGUUGCGAGGCUCCACGUAUGCCCACAGAGCUUGGAACACUUCAACUUCAAGGACCACCGCGGAACCGGCCCGGAGUUGAUAAUCGGGUCAGGUUUUCGGCGGUCCGGGGGGCUGCUGCCCGCGGGGCGAAAUGGGUUUUCCUUGAAACCGUGCAGGUCGUUCAGGGGGGAGGAUAACGGAGGGGGUACGGAGGAGGGAGAGGAGGAAAGUGCGAGAAAGUGCAGGAAUUUGAAGAAGGGAGGUGGGAGUGGGAUUUUGAAAUCUUUGAAAUCUAGUGUUUUGGGGGGUUUUGGUGGGCUUAGAGAUGGGGAGGAGUACAGGAACGCGGUGGCCAAGUUGGAGGAGGUCUGUCAAUCUGCUGCCGUUCAAAUCGGAAGAUAUAUUGUGACCAUGAUGAGCACAGGAGUCAUACUAGCAAUUGGGUUUCAGUUGUCAGGUGGAGACAGUGAUUUGAAUGAGCUAGUUUGUUAUAGCUGGCUUGGUGGAAUUAUUAUCGGAACUAUGGUUGGAUCUAACAUGGUUUUAGAGGAUCACUGUCGAGCUGGUCCACAAAAUGUUGUCAUCAGUGGAAGCACAAGGGGACUUGGAAAAGCACUUGCUCGUGAAUUUCUUCUUUCUGGAGAUCGUGUGGUUGUCGCUUCUCGAAGCCCCGAGUCUGUGCAAGCAACUGUCAGAGAGCUUGAGGAAAACCUGAAGGAAGGUAUAAACAGUGCAGGCGGGUUAUCCAAGAACCUGAAACAUGCAAAAGUAGUUGGCAUAGCAUGUGAUGUUUGUGAAGCCGGCGAUGUGCAGAAACUGGCAAAUUUUGCUGUUAGUGAACUCGGUCAUAUUGACAUUUGGAUAAACAAUGCUGGAACUAAUAAAGGAUUUAGACCCUUGCUUCAGUUUACUGACGAAGACAUUAAGCAGAUUGUCUCGACAAACCUGGUUGGGUCUAUACUUUGCACUCGAGAAGCGAUGCGUAUAAUGAUGAAUCAGGCUAAAGGUGGGCAUAUAUUUAAUAUGGAUGGAGCAGGCUCGGGGGGAUCAAGUACCCCUUUGACAGCUGUCUAUGGAUCAACGAAGUGUGGUCUUAGACAGCUUCAAUCAUCACUUUUAAAGGAGUGCAAGCGGUCGAAAGUAGGAGUGCACACCGCAUCUCCAGGCAUGGUUCUUACAGAUCUGCUUCUGAGUGGCUCCUCUUUGAAGAACAAACAAAUGUUUAACUUCAUAUGCGAGCUUCCUGAAACAGUAGCUAGAACUUUAGUUCCACGGAUGCGAGUUGUGAAGGGAACAGGAAAGGCCAUCAAUUACUUGACACCUCCGAGGAUCUUACUUGCUUUAGUAACCGCAUGGCUGCGACGUGGUCGCUGGUUUGAUGAACAGGGCAAGGCAUUGUACGCAGCAGAAGCAGAUCGGCUUCGGAACUGGGCAGAAAACCGCACCCGUUUUUACUUCACUGAUGCAAUGGAGAUGUACACAGAGAACACUUGGGUGUCUGUCUUCUCACUCUCUGUUGUCUGUGCCUUCAUCAUCCUCUCUAGCACCAGCAGCAACUUGCCUGGUACUUGAGAUUUUCACACAAACUCAAAACCGAAACCACUAGGAAUUACCUCAGGCAGAUACUAUUUGUGAAGGACCAGACCAGACACAUUGCUCAGAACCACGUAUGCGACCGAAGAUGCAGGGUACCAUUUUUCUACCCUGCAUCGAUCGGAAGCAUUCAUGGUAGAUCAUCGUAAGCCGAUUUGACUGCUACGCAUCGUUUACAAAUCCGAGCUUUGUGGGGGGUUCUAUAUGCAAAAUCAUGUAAAAACUUGAGUAGUUCAUAGUAAUAUUUGAUUCCAAUUUGUUCA